AUGGCGUCUUGGUUCAGCACAACAACAACCUCUUUGAUACCGCUCCCAGUCACCCAACAUCUCUGUAGUAAAUCCCGGCAUCCCCCUUUCUCCGCACCCCCAGAAGCUCCACACCACGAGAUCGACCCCUCCGGCAAUCCGCUCAUCAAAGUUCACACAUGCCCCCAGAAUGCUCCUGACAUGGACGCCAGCAGCUCUGAAAUCGUCAAAUUAACCCCGGUUCGCGUCUCGGGUAACAUCUUGAUGGAAAACUCGGCGAGUUUCCACCAUGCCACCAAGGCUCUGGACUUGACCAACCAUCAAGUCGUCGAUCAACACGAGGAUAUGGUCGAGGGUCUUGAGCUCUGGCUCAAGGUCUUUCAUGGUACCCUCAAAAACGAGCACCGACACCUCUCCGUCCUCACCCUCCAAUCAUUCUGGGACGCUGCCGGUUUGAGCCAGAAGUACGUGUUCGAUCUGAAGAAGCUGAGCGUUUGGUUCGCACUGUGGUUGGGGGAGCAGGAUCCGCAGACAAUCGACACCGGGGAGAUGGAGAAGGUUCGUGAGCUCUGCACUGCUUUUGAUCAUGCAAAAGGCUUUGAGAUCUUUACGCUUCUCCUGGCGGAGAGACACGGAGCUCAACACCCCGGAAUUCAUCCAGCCUUCAAGAUGUUCCCGCCUGUGCCUACGAUGUCGUACCGUCAAAGUACCCGCUGUAUCCUCACGAUUGGGGAUGUAGAGCCCGGAGAUUACGAAAAAUGGGGUUUCUCGAACAGAUUUCUGGCCGUCUACGGAGAAGUGAUGGAGCAUUAUUCCGACUUCGAGCGUCUGAUGAAGACAAGUUUCGAUCUUGGUAUCCUGCCAUCCUACAAAAACUUCAAAGUGCUCACCCAGAGCAGCUCGACCUUCCUCCGGUUCUGCAGAGCGGUGGAUAACAAGGCAUCCCUACACAAUUUGCCGACAGUGACUCGACCCCAGAUGGAAGCUGCUUGGACUUUCCUGGCUUUUAAUCUCUUCGACAAGAUGCGAGUCCCUGGUCAUUUCAGCGAGCGGGCAGCUGCAGAGCUGAAGGAUGUCAUGCGGAUGCGUUUCCUCCCAGAUCAAAAGAUCGAGAGGUACUGGCGUGAGAGGCAGGAGAAGGCCGGUUGGGAUGCACAGUUGAUUCAGAAGAUGCCAGAUGGAUGUGCAGAGCCCCCGGAGCAACAAACAAUGGCCGAGCCAGAUGAGGAUGAUGAGAUGGGUGAGGAGGCUAAGGACAAGAACAUGCGCGUCCUGAAUCUGGGCAUGAACGACAUAGAAGUUGAUGACGAAGAUGACGACGACGACGACGACGAUAUGACUAGGGAGGAGGCAAUUCGUAGGCUGCUCAGCCUGGAAAAGAGCAGACCCGAAUGGGUUCCCCAGCAGCACCCCAAAUAA